ACCAACCCUGAUAAAUCAGUGAACGCACAAAAAUAGACAAUGAAUUUAAAAAUUAUUUUGACGUUUAAAUAUAUUUUAAAACAAGUGAUUUAGUUUGAAAAGUACAGUGAAUAAAUGAAAAAAUAGUUUACCGUUAUAUAUUUACACAAUACUGCAAACGUUACAACGAAUAAUAGUAUUAUUACAUUUUAUUUGGAAUUUUUAAAUGUUGGAUGAGAGAACAUAACCUAUAAACACUUUUAGCUACUUUUAUAGAUUAUGUCUAUAAAUAAGUAAAUAUUAAUUUUUCUGCAAGGAAGCAGUUUGAGAGUACAUUGCCAAUGUUAUUACUUAUAUUUUUCCAGCAAUUAACUUGAUGUUUUCGUCGAUAAUCGGAAAACAGAACAUUUUACAAAAAUACUUGAAAUUUCAACUUUAUUAUUGUGUAUUAAACACUCGAGGGGUUUUUGAAUAGCAGAAAAAUGAAUCAACAAGUCUUUAAGGAGGUGCACGCGAAAUAUUUUCGCCGAAUUUUACAAAUGUUAUCGUGCGACUCUUCAAUGAUGGACUCAAUAAGAUUGACAAUUGCAUAUUUUGCAAUAUCGGGUCUUGAUAUUCUCGAUUCAUUAAAUGAAUUUAGUGUUAAUGAGAAGAAUGCUGCAAUUGAUUGGAUAUAUAAAUUACAAAUAACCAAUGCCGGUAGAAAAUCGGGAUUUUUAGCAUCAACAACAUUACCAAUUAUUGAUUCGAAUGAUUAUAUUAUUGGUCAUUUGGCAAUGACAUACACGGGAUUGGCAUCAUUAUUAAUUCUUGGCGAUGAUUUAUCGCGAAUUGAUCGUAAAUCUCUUAUUGAGGGUAUUGAAGCUUGCCAAAAUCCCGAUGGUUCAUUCUCUGGAAUGAUUGCUGGCUGUGAAAGCGAUAUGAGAUUUCUCUAUUGUGCCUGUUGUGUUUCAUAUAUUUUGAAUGAUUGGACGGGAAUUGACGUUCAAAAAGCUGUUGAUUUUAUUCUAAGAAGCAUAUCCUAUGAUGGAGCGAUUGGUCAGGCGCCGGGUUUGGAAUCUCACGGCGGUUCGACAUUUUGUGCCAUUGCGAGCCUGUUUUUAAUGAACAAAUUAGAUAUGUUGUCGGAUAAACAAUUGAGUAGACUAAGAAGAUGGUGCAUUAUGAGACAGGAUGGUGGUUUUCAAGGCAGGCCCGGAAAACCAACGGAUACGUGUUACAGUUUUUGGAUAGGCGCCACUUUAGAACUGUUGGGCGUCAGUCAUUUAUCCGAUUCUCAUGAGAAUCGAGUCUUCGUUUUAGAUACUCAGGACAUUUUAAUGGGAGGAUUCGCUAAGUCUCCGAAUCUUCUUACCGAUCCACUUCACACAUAUUUAGGUCUUAGCGGUUUGAGCCUGUUAGGUGAAUCGAAUUUAUGUCCAAUGUAUGCCGCUCUCAAUGUUUCUCGUCGGGCUUACGCACAUUUACAAGAGAUUCAUGAAAAAUGGCGAAAUACUUGAUCAAAUAUCUAAUAACAAAUAAAACACGCACAUAAUAAAAAUGAAAGGUAACUUGAAAAAUUAUUUUUCAAAAUGUUACCAAAAAACAAUAGAAAGAAUGAUCUUUUUAUAGAAUAUUUUUCCGUCUGAACAAACAAGUGAGAAAAGAACAUUCUUCUCUAUUCCGAAAUAAUAUUAAUUAGAGAACAUUUUUUUAGAAUUUAGAACAUUACUUUAUGAUAAUUUUAAUAAUUAUCUUUUUUUCCCAAGACUUAUAUAGAUUAAUUUCUUUUUAAUAUUUUUAUUUUUUACACGCUAUUUUAAUUAAUUCUAUGCAAGAAGCACAAAAAUAUUUCAAUUUUAUUCAGUGUAUAUAUUCUACAUUCGUCAAUUAAAUAAUGAGUACACGAAUUUCUUGUGAAAAACAAUUUUGUUUCAAUUACAGAAGAAUUUUAUUCGUGUUUUUGCAAAAUUUACGAUAGGAAAAUAAUGUUAAAUGUUAUAAAAAAUACUUAUAAAAAAUGUCUUCAGAUAAUAAUGUAAGAAUGUUUUGUGAUAGAUAAAAAUGUUGCAAAUAAA